AUGGACAUGCUGGAUCGCUCCCGCUCCCUGACCGCUGACGAAGCCAUGAACAUGCCGGAGCGCUCCCUGACCACUGACGAAGACAUGGAGAUGGAGCGCUUCUUCCUGACCUUCAGCAACGACAAUGGGGGCAACAACUACUUCAACAGCGUGGUGAUUCUCAAUCUCCUGGCACAGCAGCUGGAGGUCGAUUUCGAAACUGUCCUAGGUCGUGUCUUCGGAGGUGGAGCGUACGGCGACGGCGGCGCCGUCGUCGUCCCUGCGUCCGACGCGGCGGUCGCAAGCCUGGAGAAGCAAGCCUUCCACGCCACGGCGGAAGGGCGGCGCGACUCCGACUCCGAGUGCGGCGUCACAGGGUGUGCGAUCUGCUUGGAGGAAUUCGAGGACGGCGAGGAGGUCACCGUCAUGCCGUGCUCGCGUGGGCACGCGUUCCACUCCGGGUGCAUCACCGAGUGGUUGGGGAAGAGCAACACGUGCCCUCUCUGCCGCCACGCUCUGCCUACAGACCUGGACGAUGGCCCUUAA